CGAGCUUCUUACCUGGAGAUAUCCACGCCUAGAAGCUGCCUCCCUCUUUCUUUUAUUCCUUCUUCUCAUCCCUUUAAAUUUGCAUCCUUCCUUUCACUUCUCACUUCCCACCUUCCUAUACUUCACCCUUAACUACUUUAAAUCUCUUUGCUCCAAGAUCAUUUCAACCUCUUUCUCUUUCUCUCGUCUUUUGAACUCUCUUUUCUCCGCUUACGUUCUCAGUAAUUAAAUCUUGUUCUCAGUUUGUAUAAUUUAUGAUCAUGUCGUCUUCAAGGACUUCAUCAUCACGUUCCAAUUACACAAACUCCAAGCUAAGAAAGCAAUUUUCAUUAGAGCGUAGACCUCAAAUGCUUAAAGAUUUUCUCAUUGACGAUUCGCAUUCAUACCCUUCAAGCGGAUUCAAGUCCUUUCCUAGGCGACUUGAAGAUCGUAGUAUGCGAUAUCUCAUCCAAAUCGAUGUCAAUGCAGAAAGAAAUCAUUCAUAUUCAAGCAACACAAAGAGAUUACUAAGAAGCCGAUCAAAAGCAGCAGCCUCAACAACAAUCUCAGCCUUUCAAGCCAUUAUCAACACCGUCAAAAACAUCCAAUUCAAUGCUGUUAAGUCUCCUUCAAUUUUACCAAGAAGCUUUUCUCUUAGGCUGUCAAAAAAGCAUAACAAAGAAAUCAAGAGCAGUGAGAAGAAAGAAACUGAAAUCAAAAUGACAGUUAGAAUCAAAGAUAUCAUACGGUGGAAGUCAUUCAGGGACUUGGUGGAGGAGGAUCCUCAACCAUCGGAUCUUGCUUACUCUCCUGAUCAUCACCACUGCGCCACAACAACAACGGGAUCCACCAAUAGUCCUUGCAGUAACAGUAACGGGUCUAGUUGGUGUGAAAGUGAUUUUACCGCGGAGGAUUUACCGUCUUGGUGCAGUAACUCGGAGGAUUAUUUACCAGGUGUCGGCAGCGAUUGCAUGAAAGCGACAAAAGAGGCCACGGCUAAUAUUGCGGUGGGACCAAAGGAGUUAUCUUGUGACGAGAAAGAACAGCGGAGCCCUGUUUCUGUUCUUGAUUUUCAAUUUGAAGAAGAUGAAUCCCUAUUAUCUUUCAAUCGAACCCUUGACCAUAUGGAGAAAACAAAACAAAAUCUUAUGCAAAGGAUUCAAUGCUUUGAGGGUUUGGCCAAAGUAGAUCCUUUCAACCUAGAAGAAUGGAUGUCAAUGGAAGAAAAUGACGAUGUUUCUGAUGAAGAUAAAGAAGUAAAUGAUGUUGAAGAGACGGCAAUGCGGCUACUGAAUCAUGUCAAAGCUACAAGUUCAAUGGGGUAUUGUGAAGACAAUGUUGUUGUAGAGCAACUGUUGUUUGAUUUCUUUAUGGAUGAAUUAUCUACAAGAAACGAUGAGAUUGACAGCGAGAUGAUUGGGCAAGCAAAAAGAUGGAUUAAUGGGGAACACAGUUGUACAAUGGAUUGGGAAGAAUAUGUUAAAGGAAUGGAUAAAAAAUUUGGGAAGUGGAACAAAUUUGAGGAGGAACAAGAAGAAAUGGCUUUGCAAAUUGAGAUUGUAAUGUUGAACCUUUUAGUGGACGAGGCAUUGGCUGAUUUCUUAGUAAGCUGAAUGUAAAGACUAAAGGACAUGUACACAGAGGCACAACUGGUGCCAACCGUAUGCCCAUGUGGCCACCAGCCCGUUCUUUGGGCCAAGUUAGAGUCAAACGGAAAUGGGCUCAACUUGAUCAGUCAAAGAGUUCAAAUAGAGCAUAGAACACGAAAGUUCCAAAAAGUAGAAAAGGUUUAUAAUAAAAAUUAUUUACAGAUUUUCCAGCUGUAUGGGGUAGUUGACUGAAGUCCAAAGGAAAGUACUCUAGUCUUUCAAGGCCUUAAAAAGCUGCCACGUGGUGAAAUUGUUCGACGUGGCAUAAAGUCCUCGAUUUUGAGACUUGUUGGGUCCUCAAAUCUGAAUUCUGGUUGAAAAAGUAAUGUGCCUUUAUUAAUUGCAGCUUUUCAGAUGACAUU